AUGUUCAUGAGGAGAAAGCCCGAAGAUGGCUAUCUCCUUCCCGGGACAGUCGACGAUCUCUGCCGGAAAUGCCUCUCGUGGAUUGUCAAGUGGCCAGACGAGGGCUUCAGAUCCACAUCAAUCUUCAACACUCUGCAAUACGCAGGACGUCUAAGAACGAUCAACGACAUCCCUCCCGUCGAGGUUCACCCUAGAUCGGAUUGCACUGAGUUGACUAAUGUCAUGACCGACGACAGCAGAUAUGUCAUUAGUCCCCAAGACCUCGAUAACAUCAUUUAUAUGACACCAGGGAGAUAUCCCGUGCAAGUGACCGUGGGGGAAAAACCGUGUUAUGAUUUAAUCAUUCGAGAGACGCUGCUCAAUGGCGAACUGUAUCAAGCAAUCAAAAUGACGAAAAAUAUCGUCCACAGGGUAAACCAAUGGCUAGCUAAUCCGAGACGAGGUGGCAAUGUGGUGAGCAAACUAGUCCGGAGAAGGUCGGACUAUCAGCCAUUCCUAAACAAUUUCAGAGGCACUGGGAGACUCGUGAAGGUACUCGCAAUCUUAGACCAGGCGACUUUGGCCAUCACAUAUAAGAUGGAGGGGGUGCAAGAUGCCGUUCAAAACACGGCCAGAGACAUCCGACAUUUGCGCGCCUUCAUCAGCCAUAUUGAGCAGCGUGAAGACACGACGCAUCAUUCCAGUCCGGAGAAGCGCGAAUUGAAGCAAAAUCUGGAUCAAGUGAAAGCCCAGAUAAGUCUGGCUGAGCAGAGUCGAACGAGGAUCGGCUUGGACCAAGAACUCUCCAGUGAGCCGGUAGCGAAGUGUCUCGAUCCCGAAGGGUUGAAGAUCAACGAUGGUGGUGUCUGGAAUGGUUAUGAAGCACGGUGUGAGGAGCACAAUGGAAUCCUACGCGUCGAAGCCAUAAAGUCAACCAUCGGUGGCGUAGAAUGGCUGACGAGGGAAGUCAUCGAGCUUUCCCUCGAUCAGCAGCGGUCCAAGCUGUUUGUUACGCCUCUGAAAGCGAUCCCGGAAGGUCAUUGGGAUGAUGAGGUCCAAGUUGGUGACAUUGCGGUACGGCUUGGCCAGUGUGUCGCCAUCGGGGAGUGGCACGAGGACAGCUCUGGACCAAACGCGGCUUUCAGCAUGAUCAAUUAUUUGAGAAUAGUGAGCGUGGAGGAACAGAAUCAGAGCCGGUGUGGGAGGAAUCGAAUACUGGAACGGAACCCCAUGCUAAGGUUGUAUGCCGCUUCAAGUGAAAGAGGUUCUUGA